UUCUAAACUGCGAAGAUCUCAUAGAAGUCAUUUUCAAACCAAAAAUUUCCUCUCUUGUUAAAAACCAAUCCAACAACCUUAAUGGUUGCAUGGAGGAGAUUCAUGUUCCCUUUAAUUUUCUCCAACAGUUAAUAACAAAAGGACAAAGAUUAUUACAUCAAAACUCUUCAUACAAGAUUUCAAACGAGUAGAAGAACAUGCAAAUGUGUCUAAAAAGGUAACGGAGAUUGACAAAGAUGACAGGUUCAUCAAAUUCACCACCAAAAUCAUCCUCUUCCGGUGGUCGGCCACCACAAUCUGUGAAGUUUUCGCGGCGCACUUCGAGCGGCAGGAUUGUGAAUUUGUCAAGAGAUGAUGACGCAGAUUUGUCUGGUGAAUUUGCAGGCCAAAAUGACUACAUUAAUUACACUGUCAUGAUGCCACCAACACCAGACAACCAACCUGAAACCUCUGAUUCUAAUAAGCAAGAUGGUACAAGUGGGACCACGAGGUUCGCCUUAGAAUCUCAGCAACAUGGAAUGAAGGGUGAUAGAGGAGGAGGAGGAGGCGGUGGUGGUGGAUCCAAAAUGGAAAGAAGGAUGUCUGUGUUGAACUCACAGACUAACAGGUCCAUGUUAUUAAGGACACAAACACAAGAUUUUGAUCAUAACAAAUGGCUUUUUGAGACAAAAGCGACUUAUGGGAUUGGGAAUGCAUUUUGGCAGGAGGAUGAAAAUUCUUAUGGGGAAGACAAUAUUGGAAUGAGAAAGUCAGAUUUCAUGGACAAACCAUGGAAACCACUCACUCGGAAAGUUAAAGUUUCUGGCGCUAUACUUAGCCCUUACAGGAUGUUGGUGUUUAUUCGCAUAGUAAUACUAGCCCUUUUCUUAUCUUGGCGAAUUCAGAAUCCAAACUAUGAUGCAAUGUGGUUAUGGGGAAUAUCAGUUGUGUGUGAAAUUUGGUUUGCUUUCUCUUGGCUUCUUGACAUUCUCCCAAAACUCAACCCCAUAAACAGAAGCACAGACCUUGCUGCUUUGCAUGACAAGUUUGAUACACCUUCUCCUUCCAACCCAACUGGUCGAUCAGAUUUACCUGGCGUUGAUAUUUUUGUUUCCACUGCUGACCCUGACAAGGAGCCACCUCUUGUCACUGCCAACACCAUUCUUUCCAUUCUUGGUGUAGAAUACCCUAUUGAAAAGAUCUCAUGCUACAUUUCAGAUGAUGGUGGUGCCAUUCUCACAUUUGAAGCCAUGGCUGAAGCUGUCAAAUUUGCUGAGGUUUGGGUACCUUUUUGUCGAAAACACAAUAUUGAGCCAAGGAAUCCUGAUGCUUACUUCAACAUAAAGAAGGACCCUACAAAGAACAAGAAACGACCAGAUUUUGUGAAGGACCGUAGAUGGAUGAAGAGAGAGUAUGAUGAAUUUAAGGUCAGAAUCAAUGGACUUCCUGAAGUAAUACGAAAAAGAAAUAAAAUGUACAACUCUAGGGAGGUGAAGAAGGAAAAGCAGAUGAUUAAGGAGAAAAAUGGUGGAGUUCUACCACCAGAUGAGCCCAUCAAUGUCACUGAAGCUACAUGGAUGGCUGAUGGCACUCACUGGCCAGGGACUUGGCACAACCCCACAGCUGAUCACUCUAAAGGUGACCAUGCUGGAAUCUUGCAGAUAUUGAGCAAGGUUCCAGAGCAUGACCCAAUAAUAGGUGAUACAGAUGAGAAUGGUCUAGAUUUCACAGGCAUAGACAUCAGGAUUCCAAUGUUUGCAUAUGUUUCAAGAGAGAAGCGACCAGGGUUUGACCACAACAAGAAAGCAGGAGCCAUGAACGCCAUGGUUCGAGCCUCGGCUAUAUUGUCCAAUGGCCCCUUUAUACUCAAUCUAGAUUGUGACCACUACUUCUAUAACUCCCUUGCUAUAAGGGAGGGUAUGUGCUUCAUGAUGGACCGUGGUGGUGAUCGUGUAUGUUACAUUCAGUUUCCACAAAGAUUUGAAGGGAUUGAUCCCUCUGAUCGAUAUGCAAAUCACAACACUGUCUUCUUUGAUGGAAAUAUGAGAGCACUAGAUGGUCUCCAAGGUCCAAUGUAUGUGGGGACAGGUUGCAUGUUUCGUAGGUAUGCAUUGUACGGGUUUGAGCCGCCAAGAUUCAUUGAGCACACAGGCGUGUUUGGCAGGGUGAAAACAAAGGUGAAUCGUAAUGCACUGCAAGCAAGAUCACAUAUCGAUGAUGACACAGAGCCCCUCACAUCUGAUGUAGAAGCUGGUUACCCACAGAAGUUUGGUAACUCAACUAUGUUCACAGAUUCCAUAGCCGUGGCUGAGUUCCAAGCAAGGCCACUUGCUGAUCACUCAUCCGUGAAAAAUGGCAGGCCUCCCGGAGCACUUCUCGUUCCACGUCCUCCGUUGGAUGCUCCGACUGUCGCGGAAGCAAUUGCUGUCAUCUCUUGCUGGUAUGAGGAUAAGACAGAAUGGGGGGAUAGGGUAGGUUGGAUUUAUGGGUCAGUGACAGAGGAUGUGGUGACUGGUUAUAGAAUGCACAACCGUGGGUGGAGAUCUAUCUAUUGCAUUACAAAGAGAGAUGCUUUUCGUGGCACAGCCCCUAUAAAUCUCACUGAUCGCCUCCACCAAGUGCUAAGGUGGGCAACAGGUUCUGUGGAGAUUUAUUUCUCAAGAAAUAAUGCCUUCUUUGCAAGCAGGCGCCUCAAGUUCUUGCAGCGAGUUGCAUACCUCAAUGUUGGCAUCUACCCUUUCACCUCAGUGUUUUUGGUCAUGUAUUGCUUCCUUCCUGCACUUUCCCUAUUCUCUGGACAAUUCAUAGUCCAAGGCUUGAAUGUAGCUUUCCUUACCUAUCUUCUUCUCAUCACUAUAUGCCUCACUCUUCUCUCACUCCUUGAAGUGAAGUGGUCAGGCAUUGCACUAGAGGAAUGGUGGCGAAAUGAGCAGUUUUGGGUGAUUGGUGGCUCUAGUGCUCACCUUGUUGCUGUCAUACAAGGUUUGCUAAAGGUCAUAGCAGGCAUAGAGAUCUCAUUCACACUAACCUCUAAGUCAGCAGGUGAUGAUGAAGAUGAUGAAUAUGCUGAUCUUUACCUUGUGAAAUGGACUAGUCUCUUCAUCAUGCCACUAACGAUUAUCAUUGUUAAUCUCAUUGCCCUUGUCAUGGGGUGCUUAAGGACCGUGUACAGUGUGAUACCACAGUGGAAUAAACUCCUGGGAAGUGUGUUCUUUAGCUUCUGGGUGUUGUCUCAUAUGUACCCUUUUGCUAAGGGAUUGAUGGGUAGGAGAGGAAGGGUGCCGGCUAUUGUUUAUGUAUGGUCAGGUAUCCUUUCCAUUACGAUUGCACUUCUUUGGAUUUCAAUCGACCCUCCAACUGAAAGUUCCUCAGGAAUGAGUGGAACUCUUGACAUAUGAGAUUUUUAGUGUAAACCAAAAAUAUCAUUUACUGAGACGAGGACAUCUACUUAAGCUAGAAAAUUUUCGUGUCAGUUGAUUUACGCAGUUAGUGCUACUUGAAAUAUGACAUGAUAGCAAAUAAGAGUGCAUGUACAAGAAUAUUUCAAAGAUGAAAAAAGGAUAAUCAAUGCAUGGUUACAUUCCUUCAAUUUAUAUAGAUAGAAUUGUAAAAGAAAUCAUAAAUGACGCCUAUGAAGGCAGAAAAAUGUACAAUAGAAAAACCUUUUUUAUAUUGCUCAUGGUUAGUAUAACCAUUUUUUGUAUAUUAGUGCUUUUACUCGUGAAUUGCGGUGAACUUUGCUCUUGUGUUUGAGACAUUGAUCAAAUACUUUAGUUUAUACAAAUUCAACAUGCUAAAAGUACUAUUGGGUGAGACUUUUACGCCAAAACACAAUA